UUCCCUGUUUCUUGCAGAUAUUGUUCUGUCACAGAUCAUUCUCUACUACUACUACUACUACAACUUACUUGUACUAAUGGGAGCACUGCCCCCAAUCCCCUUAUAUAUCAAUCUAUAGCAAUAGGAGGAUCAUCAUCAUCACCGCAUCAUAUCUCUCUCUUUGCAUUUCAUCACAUUACUCGCCUAGUACUUAGCCAUCACAAAUUAAGCUCGAACCCAUUGCAAAAUUUCCCCACUCCCCACCGCAUCUAGCAUCUUCCCCAUCUCUCUCUCUCUCUCUCUCUCUCUCUCUCUAUAAAUAUAUAUAUAUAAGUAUAUACAAACCUUACACUCUUCCUUUCGUUUCUCUCUCUUUCUAGGGUUUCUUCGGAAUACAGAGAUUUUUUUUUUUUUUUUGGCGUGGGGGGGGGGGGGGGGUUGUUCUCUAGUGUUGAAAGCUAUAGUGAUCAGCAUCAUCAUCAGUGUUGGACAGAGAUGUUGGGCUCAUUUGGUUCUUCCCGAGAAGAGGAAGAAGACCCAUCUUCAUCAGAUACCCAUUCGGCUUUCCCCCACCGCCACCACCAGAUUCAGCCGCGCCCAACACCAGCCCCGGCAAUCCAUAUGCGUCAAUUACUACUCAGUUGCGCCGAGCUUCUUUCCCAUUCCGAUUUGGCCGCCGCCCACCGCCUUCUCACCGUCUUAUCCGCCAACUCCUCGCCUUACGGCGACUCCUCCGAAAGACUCGUCCACCAAUUCACCAAAGCCCUCUCCCUCCGCCUCAACCGCCACGCUUCCACAGCCAUCAUCAUGGCCAACACUCCCAAUCUCGCCGCCGGGAGCUCCAGUGCUAAUGUGGGCGGUUUGGGUUCGGAGGAAGCGCUUCUUCAAUCCUCAUAUCUAACACUCAACCAAGUCACCCCAUUCAUCAGAUUUAGCCAUCUUACGGCCAAUCAAGCAAUCUUGGAAGCCAUUGAAGGCCACCCGGCAAUCCACAUCCUCGACUUCGACAUCAUGCAGGGAGUCCAAUGGCCGCCCUUGAUGCAAGCCAUCGCCGAGCGUUACCCUCUUCCCAGUCUACGAAUCACCGGCACCGGCCAAGAUGUCGACAUGCUCCGGCGAACCGGCGACCGCCUCACGAAGUUUGCUCACUCGCUCGGCCUCAGGUUCCAGUUCCACCCUCUGCUCCUCCACCCCAACCAGGACCCCAUCGCCGCCGCCUCCACCGUGCUGCUCCUCCCGGACGAAACCCUAGCAAUCAAUUGCGUCCUGUACCUCCACCGGCACCUGAAGGAUCGGGACAGGCUCAGGCUUUUUCUCCACCGGAUCAAGGCCAUGAGCCCAAGAGUAUUGACAGUGGCCGAAAGAGAAGCCAAUCACAACCACCCCAUUUUUCUGCAGAGGUUCGUGGAGGCUUUAGACCACUACGCGGCCGUGUUCGACUCGCUGGAGGCAACGCUACCGCCCAGCAGCCGCGAGAGGCUGGUGGUGGAACGGGUCUGGUUCGGGAGAGAGAUCGCCGAUAUCGUGGCAGAGCAGGGAGACAGCCGGAGAGAGCGGCACGAGCGAUUUCGGUCAUGGGAAAUGAUGCUGAGGAGCUCAGGUUUUAGCAAUGUUGCUCUUAGCCCUUUUGCUCUUUCUCAGGCCAAGCUUCUCUUGAGGCUUCACUACCCUUCUGAGGGUUACCAACUUCACAUUCUCAAUGACUCUUUCUUCUUAGGUUGGCAGAAUCAACUUCUCUUCUCAGUUUCUUCUUGGCGCUAGGUACAAGUAUCUACAUAUGAAUUUCAUUAAGAAGCCCCUCUUCCAUGAAAAAGAAAAAGAAGUAAUAAAAACCCUAACCCUAGUUCCAACCUGUACGUUGCAUGCAAGGAUUUGGAAGAAAUUAAGAGCAUCUGAAACUGGCUAAGCGUCUCCCAACACGCACUAGCUAUCUCUUGGCUUCCAUCUACCUUCAGUGAGGUUUUUUCUUGAGGAGCUGAAAGGUGAAAAUGUAUUAUUUUUAUACUGCUAGUUUGGCUGAUAUAUUUUAAAGUCCUCUAUAUGAUCCUUUUUCAUUUUUAAUUUGUUAACGAUAAGGAUUCUGUAACCAAAUAUCCCUUUCAGAGGCAACGAUUGCUAGCUGGGUGGAGAAUUUUAUAUCACUGAGUAAUAUAUAUAUAUAUACAUAUAUAUAUAUAUUGCGUUAGUGUUAAGUGUUAACCACUUGGAUCUACUUCCAGAGGUGCUGUUUGUCCUGUUGUAUUGGUGGGUUUGGUGUCUUCAC